AAAACUGAAAAAGAACCUUGUAUUCUAUCGUAACACUUUAUUUAGUCAUUGUUUACGCUGUUAGUGUGUGGAUAUAUAUAAUUAUACCUGCUAACAGCUGUCCAAACAAACUGUAUCCUUUAGCUAACUUUAAGCUAGCAGCGUUCGUAAAUCUGCCCAAAAAGUUACCGAUGCAGACCAUAAAGUGUGUGGUGGUGGGUGACGGUGCGGUGGGGAAGACCUGCCUGCUCAUCUCUUACACCACCAACAAGUUUCCCUCAGAAUACGUCCCCACCGUGUUUGACAACUAUGCGGUGACGGUGAUGAUCGGCGGAGAGCCGUACACCCUCGGACUCUUUGAUACUGCAGGCCAGGAGGACUACGACAGACUGCGACCCCUCAGCUACCCUCAGACUGACGUCUUCCUCGUCUGUUUCUCCGUCGUAUCGCCUUCCUCCUUUGAGAACGUCAAAGAAAAGUGGGUUCCUGAGAUUCAGCACCACUGCCAGCGGACGCCGUUCCUGCUGGUCGGGACUCAGGUGGAUCUGAGAGAUGACGGCAACACUUUGGAGAAACUGGCCAAGAACAAACAGCGCCCCCUAGCCUAUGAGAGCGGAGAGAAACUGGCCCGCGAUCUCAGAGCCGUCAAAUAUGUGGAGUGCUCGGCUCUCACGCAGAGAGGACUGAAGAACGUGUUCGACGAGGCCAUCCUGGCAGCUCUAGAGCCUCCAGACACCAAACCGAAGAGGCACUGCUUCCUCCUAUAGACGCCUGAGGAAGAGGAGGAGGUCGUCCUGAACGGGAGUACUGGGGGGAGGGUGGGUGACGUUUCAGCUGUGCCUUCAUCCGUAGUGGCCUAACGAGGGUGUGGUGUUGGAACGGAUUUCGUUUCCUAAUAGAUUCCUGAUAUAACUAACACUCCUCACUAACCAGGAAGCAGGCAUUAAUCGGGGGGAAGUGGGCGGAGCUACUGAGGCUUGAACCUGAAAUUUCUUGGAAGAUGCAAUAAAACGAAGUCGCUUUUACAAGUAAAACUGGAAACCAGCUCCUCAUUUGGAAAAGUCGUCUUGCAAUAAUCCAGAUUUAAUGUAAAUGAAUCACGAGGCACUACGUUGUGGUUAAAUCCGUUCCUCUACGAUUAUACGCCAGCUUUUACGCACAUAUAAACCAAAAAGUAACAUUUUUAUUCCGUUGUUUGUGGAACAUUUUCUAGCACAGAAACUUGUUUCUAAACUAAAAUGUUUUUUUUCUGGAAAGACUCAAAAAUCCGCUGUUUUAAGUUUUCAAAUACAGAAAACCUCAAAAUCAUAGAAAAAUAUCCACAAUGCCUUAUUUCCUUAUGGAUGUGAAGAAAAGUAGAUGCGAGUCGUUGACCUUCCCCGGAUCCUAAAGGACCUUAAUCUGUGUUUUAGCACCAAUUUAGCCUUAAUAUAAAUAAACCAACUCAAUCUGAGCGUUUUUUUUUUUUUACCAUUUUACUUUGAAAGGAGCACGCACCAGCUCUGUUAAGUUCCUGUUGCUAUGUUCCUGUUGCUGUGUUCCUGUUGCUGACGGCUUUGGGGAAUUUUGAACCCAACUCCAAUCCCGACUUUUAAAGCUUUAUUACUGAUAAGUGCUUAUUUAGCCCUACAACUGCCUCGGGGAUGACACCACAAACAUGGAGGAGCUUCCUCUGAGUUAAAACGGUCCGUCUGGAUUCUCGUUGCACCUUAAUCCGACAUCUCUCCAGCUAAUCUGUUUAAUCAGAUAAACGAUUCCCUGAGAAACGCCUUUCUGCUUAAAUCGGAUCAGAACAAAUGUUUAUGGAGGAGAAACUCCUUUGUUUCAUUAGUUUUAGUAGUUAAAUGUAAAACUUCUGUUUUAGGAACUCCUCGGAAGUCUCAUCCCGUUUUCUCUUAUUGGGGAAAGCUCGGUGUGAAGGUUGGUCUUUGGAGUUUUAUUUGGCCAAAGAUGGACUAAAUCCAUGCUUAAAAACGUAAAACAAACGUCAGAAUAUGGAGCUAAAGCUACACUGUAAGAAAGGAUGUGUUGUAUUAACCCAGUUAUGUCGACUGGUUCCACUAAACCCAUUUGUUUAAUGUAACGUAAAAUAGGGAUGCAACAAAACCACUUUUUUCCAAACCGAUACGAUACCGAUACUUGGAUCUGAGUACUCGCCAAUACCGAUUACCGAUACAGAUACUUCUACCACACAAAAAAUGCAAUGAAUUGGAAUACAGGUUUUAUUUUCUUCUGUUUUCAAUAGGAAAAGACUGUGAGGUAGAGAAAAAGUAAUAUAAGUGAUCACAAAACUAAAAUAUUAGGUGAACAAGUUACAGUGAAGUCACAUUCAAGCAACUGCAUUGGUAUCAGUUACUGGUAUUUGUUAACUUUUACCGAUACGAUACUGGUAUCAGUAUCUGUAUCGAUACCAGUAUCGUAUCGGUGCAUCCCUAACAUAAAACAAUGUAAGUUACUCUUUACAUCCAAGCAGCUAUGUGGAGUGGAACCAGUUGUUCUAACGUGGUUAAGUUAAUUAAACAUAAACCUUCUUACAGUGUAGAUCACUAUAAAAAAUGUUCUGCAUGCGGUUCCCGGCUCGUAUUUUGAGGACUCGAAUGAUAUCGGAGUGAGCGACACUAGCUUCCUGCUUGGAUUUGGUUUAAAUUAAAGCCCUGAGAACAAUUCCAACCUUUAAACGGAUCCAUUUUCCACGGAACUGAUUUUCUUUUUCUUAUUUGCUGAUUUAGCUAUUUUCUUCUCUGAUUUUAAGAGUAUUUAAUUGUUUCUUUAGAAACAAUGUUUAAAGGUUUUUAGACAUAGAAUUUUUUUAUUUCUUUUCAUUUUUUUUGAACAACACGACUUUAAGUGCCAACAGAUUAGAAAUCAUCGGGUUGGUUUGACAGAAUUUUAUUAUAAGCUUUUACUGGAGGAGGAGAGAAUUUAUUUAAAGCAACAUUUACAGAUGCAGUAAUCUGUAUAAAGAUUUGAAUGUUUGAGGGUUAGGAUUAGAAAUAAUGAAAAUAAAACUUGAACGUUGUUUCAUCCAGA